GCUGGAGUUGUAUACAUAUCAUCAAGAAUCAAAUGCAAAUUCGCUCUUCAGGUCAUUAUUGAAAUUCCGCAAUCUCGAGUAUCUUGCUAUUUAUCCCGGGGAGAAUGCGAGGAGACAACAUUUCGAAAAAUUACUAACUCAUCGUCGACUCAAAGAUGUCAAAUUCUCUUUUGGCAAUAUUGAUGAUAUGCAAUUAUACUAUAAUGAUCUUCAACGGAGAAAUCGGGGUUGCUUACAUGCAGAAUUUUCUUCUGGAAAUUUUAUCACAAUAAAUUCCGAAUAG